UGCUAGUAGCAAGUUUGCAAAUUCCUUACGUUACUAACGUUAAGUCAAAGCAACAAUGCCUUUUACAAUGUGUGUUUAACGUCACUAUAUGAGGUUUGGUUUAUAAAAGCUUUUUCCAGCGUAUAGCGCAACAUCCAGGUGAAUUGCCCUUUCCGGGGCUAAAAAUACACACUCACCAAAUUAGACUGAGGGCUAGCUGCUGUGGCUAACGCUAGCUAGCUGAGGCAGCUGCCAGGCUCAGUAACAGUAGCUCUUCUAGUCUGGGAACAGUUACGGCAGAAAAAUGGCUGAAGCAGUCGCAAAUGUGGCCCGGAGGGUUAAUGCAAUCGUUGAGGAUGGCGGCGAUACAUUGGACCUGUCAAACUGCAAGCUCAUUACAUUCCCCGAUGGUGUGUUCAGGGUCCUGAAGGGCGUCUCAGACAACAUCCGCGUUGUCUUACUGGCUGAAAAUGAGAUGAAGUCCAUUUCCAGCAAGUUAUUUUUAAACUUCACGCAACUGAGAGAACUUGACCUGCGAGGAAAUAUCAUCUCCAAACUGCCCGACGCCUUUUUAGAGAUGGAGCAUUUGACCAGCAUCAAUCUGGCUUAUAACAGCUUCUCCAUCUUCCCUGAUAAGCUUACUGAAAUAGCCACACUGGAGAGGAUUAACCUGGAGGGAAACAGCAUCACAGAAAUACCAGUGGAGAAGUUGUCCAACAUGCCAGCAAUGAAGUGGCUGAACGUCAAGUCAAACCCUUUGGACUCGAACACUCAGUCAGCUCUGCAAUCUCUGAACAAUAUUGAAACAGAGUCCUAAUAUGUCAUAGAUCAUACAGUAUUUACUCACCUAUGGACUGCAUGCUGCGUGCCUUUUAACUUCCUCAUUUGGAUGCUUUGUUGGGCUUGGGAGAUGAAAAACAUUAUACUUGAUGAAAUUGAUCUGAAUAUAGCACAAUGGGUUCACAGGAAACAAAGGGAGAUGUGCGAUUAAACAUGGCGUCCUCCUUGAUUGACCUUUAUCAGUGCGACCACACCAAGAAGCCUUUACUUUUUCCUCUGUGAGCUACAAAGACCUGGAGUUGAUGUUUGGAGAUGAAAUCAAUCCAUAUUUAUACACCAUUUGUCAUGUUUACUUCUGAAUAAGGACAUAUUUAUUACUUUUUAUAGUAUAAAAGGUUUGUUCAAUUAAAAAUAUGCACUGAAAA